AUGGCCACCUUUGAUGUGCCGAGCUCACAAGUGGCGCCCAAGUUUUUGGAUACCCAACUGCCUCCUGUGAAGGAAGAGCCGUUGGCUUCUCACUCUGGUGGCGCUGACCAGGUCGUAGCACAGUCACCAGUGGUGGCAUCUUCGACAUCGGGCGGAUCGCCUGUGGCAGUUGAAUCAACAGCCUUGGCUUCACCCGAGCCUCGCACGAACCUUGAACCCUCUCACUUGCUGGAUGCGACGGGGGGGCUCAACAGGUCUGAGCCGAGCACGGCGACCAUGGAGUCCAGCGCAGCAACGGUGCACCAGGAAGAGUCACCGAAAGAGGAGAUGCCAGUGGCGGCACUACAAGCGACCCAGCCACAAGCAGCGGACUUUGCCGGCACGGCUGCCACCCCUAGCAACGCUGAACUGGCAGCCUCACUUGGAGGAGUGGGCCAUGCCGCUGAGCCUGACCGGCAUGCAGAUCCUUUUGGUGACAUGGGCAUGUUCGACAAGCCGCCGGAGUUCAAAACCAAACGGAGAAGAGAGCGGCCUGCAGAUUGA